CACACACACACACACACACGUCAUCAUCGUCGGUGCCUCUCGCGCGAAAUCGAAUUACGUCGUCGGUGAAGUGACGAGGUGGUCGGAAUCCGAGGAUUAUCUCAGGAACGUCCGCAGCGAUGAACACGGCAGGACUCGUCGUGUUCCCUCACGAGGUCGACGAUGAGCGAUUUAGAUCCACGGUGAUGAUUUCCAAGAAUGCGACACGGAAAGAAGAGCAACGUCUCAACGACGAAGAGGAGCAGGAGAAGAGCUCCAGGACGUUGCAUCUUCUACAAGUCAAAGGAUCUCCCCGGCUGUCGCCCGAAGGCGUCUUCGCUCUGGCUGACUAUUGCCGAUGUCUCCGCGAGUUAUCUCUGUCGUAUUCUUUACUGAGCGACGAGCUGCUCUUAGCGCUAUGCUCGGCGAAACAGAUUCACUUGAAGACCUUGCGAAUAGAGGCGCACCCGGAAACGAGGCCUUUUCCACGAGUUAGCGAGAGAGCGUGGUCCGCGUUCUCAAGUCGCCUACCCAACAUGAAUCUCGUGCUAUUAUCUUACAUGACUGACGAUGACGACGACGAUCAGAAAUCGUUGUUCAUGUCGCACGUGCCGGUGACGCAUCUCCACCUGGGCGACGUGCCGUCGCAAGCGACGAUCUCGCGGAUCAGCGAGCAAUGUACGCGACUGGUGGAGCUGGUGAUCGCCGCUUACAGCUCCGGUCCGAUCGACAGCUUCUUGAUCUCGAUAGCCAAGAACUGCGCGCAGCUCAGUGCCGUUGGUAUCGGCGAUUGCGAAGUUACCUGUUCCGGGCUGGUGAGAUUCGUCACGCUCUGCGCACAUCGUCUUCAGGCGCUCUAUGUGGCGGAAACGUCGUUGAUAGAAGACGCUGAAUUCGACAUCGGCAAGAUCUCGGCGAACGUGUCAUCGCUCCUAGGUCGUACGUGGAUGCCGGAAUACGUGCCGUUAUGGUGAGAAUUCCCUAAGAAGAUGUGUGAAGAAGUGUGUCGAUCGCGCAAGAGAACUCGCAAUAUGCAAACGAAAUACAUCGAGAAGAUAGCAUUCACGACGUACUGUUCCGUUUCUUCGCAGAUUACCCCUUACAAGUUACAAAAAUGUUUGUAACAUUCCGUAAUGAUAAACCAUAGUUAAGCCUUUAAAUACGAAACAUUCGGAUCGUUAUAACACAAAAUCUCGAAAAGAUGGUAUAUAUAUGAAUACAUUAUGCUAUAUAUAUACAUCUCAAUAUGUAUCAUAUGCAUUGUGAUAUUGCUCCAAAUGUCGAGUAAUAGUAUUGUAGAA